CCUAGCUCGCCGCGUCUCCCCACCACAGGCACAGCCCUCCCCCGCUACCCUGGGUGCGCCUGCCGCCGUCCCUUGGUGCCCUCAGUCCCCUUGGUUCUUUGGUCCCCGGUAGGCAUGUCGCGCGCGGUGGAGCCUGAGCGGAGGCUCCUGGCCAUCUACACCGGCGGCACUAUCGGCAUGCGGCUCGAGCGCGGCGUGCUCGUCCCUGGGAGGGGCCUGGCCGCUGCCUUGAGGACGCUGCCCAUGUUCCAUGAUGAGGACCACGCCCGGGCCCUUGGCCUCUCGGAGGACACCCUGGUACUGCCGCCCGCCAGCCCUGACCAGAGGGUCAUCUACACGGUACUGGAGUGCCAGCCCCUCUUCGACUCCAGUGACAUGACUAUCACCGAGUGGGUUCAGAUUGCCCAGACCAUCGAGAGACACUAUGGGCGGUACCAUGGGUUCGUGGUCAUCCACGGCACUGACACCAUGGCCUUCGCGGCCUCCGUGCUGUCCUUCGUGCUGGAGAACCUGCAGAAAACCGUCAUCCUAACGGGUGCCCAGGUGCCCAUCCACGCCCUAUGGAAUGAUGGCCGUGAGAACCUGCUGGGGGCCCUGCUCAUGGCCGGCCAGUACGUGAUCCCCGAGGUCUGCCUGUUCUUCCAGAAUCAGCUGUUCCGGGGCAACCGAGUGACCAAGGUGGACUCGCGCAGGUUUGCGGCCUUCUGCUCCCCCAACCUGCCCCCUCUGGCCGUUGUGGGCGCUGACGUCAUACUCAACCGGGAGCUGGUGCGGAAGGUCCGAGGGAAGGAGCGACUGGUGGUGCACAGCAGCGUGGAGCGUGACGUGGGGCUGCUGCGUCUCUACCCCGGGAUCCCCGCUGCCCUGGUUCGGGCCUUCCUGCAGCCUCCCCUGAGGGGCGUCGUCAUGGAGACGUUCGGCUGCGGGAACGGGCCCACCAAGCCGGACCUGCUGCGGGAGUUCCGGGCCGCCACCGAGCGAGGGCUCCUCAUCGUCAACUGCACACACUGCCUUCAGGGCACCGUGACCUCUGGCUACGCAGCCGGCAUGGCCGUGGCGGGAGCUGGCAUCGUCUCGGGCUUUGACAUGACGUCGGAAGCUGCCAUGGCCAAGCUGUCCUACGUGCUGGGCCAGCCGGGGCUGAGCCUGGACAGCAGGAAACAGCUGCUGGCCAGGGACCUCCGGGGGGAGGUGACACUGCCCGUGGGGGACGAGCACCAGCCCUCGCUGACUUGUAGCACGCUGGGCCGGGGGGUCGCCCAGCUCCUCAGUCUGAGCCAGGAGGCCGAUGCAGCGCGGGAAGCUCUGACUCCUGGCCUGGCCUGUGCUGCGGCCCAUGCGGGCGACCUGGACGUGCUGCAGGCACUUGUGGAGCUGGGCAGUGACCUGAGCCAAGAGAACUUUAACGGUCAGACCCCUCUGCACGCGGCUGCCCGGGGAGGCCACCCCGAGGUGGUCACCAUGCUGCUGCAGAGAGGGGUGGGUGUGAGCGCCCGGGAUGAGGACGGACUGAGCCCGCUGCUGCUGGCGGUGAAGGGCAGGCAUCAGGAUAUCAUUGGGCUACUGCGGGCAGCUGGGGCCUGCCUGUCCCCCCAGGAGCUAGAGGACGCAGGGACCGAGCUGUGCAGGCCACUCUGUGACGCACCCUACCAGAGCACCAGAGGGCCCCGGCCAUGGCCAAGAGGUUCCUGGAGCCUGGAGGGGACCUCAGACCCCUCUACUGCGUGUCCCGCCCACCCUGCCCCACCCCACUGGGCGGGGGGCUCCCACCUGCCUCCUACCUCACACCCCAUCCCCCCACUCCGUCAUCUGGCCCUCCAGAAGACUCUCAAGUCUGGCUGGGUUUGCUCAGGUCCUUGGGUCCCUCCCUGGGAAAGGACUUGUCCGUCUGCCCUGCCCCCACACACCGCCUGUGCCCAGGGAAGAGAUCUCAAGAGACCUCCGGUUUUCAGGCAGUGCUGCCUGGUGUCUAACCUGAAGCUGCCUUGCUGCGGAACAAGCCAUUCCUUCCUGUUGUGGCCUGCUGGAGGGACGCCACCCCACGACUCUGUGACGUACCCCCACUGCCGGGACUCUCCCCGCUCUGUCUCGCACACAGCCUAAAGGUCUCGGUCGGGCAGAGCGGCAAUAAAGUCUCUCUGGGGACCUCCCUCGGUCCCCAGACCCCAGC